UGAUUUUAGCUGGUUGGAGACUGUGUAAAAUAUAUAUUUCUAUAUAUUUUUUAAUGAACUGCGCUUAAGAUCGUAUUUAGAUCCAGAAUGAUAUUGAUUAGCUGGAGUGUGCUGCUGUUGCUCCUGCUGCUGCAUAUAACCAUUAGCUUUGGUCUGCAUCUGGAGAAUCAGACGCGGGAGCAUGUCAAGCAGCUGAUCGCUUGCAAACAGCCUAAGGCGCCGGGCCUGUGCCGUGGCAAACACUUGCGUUACGCCUACAACAAGGAGACGGGCAACUGCGAGAGCUUCUACUACACAGGCUGCGCUUCGACGGAAAACAAUUUCCUCACCUACGAGGAGUGCAGACGCGACUGCAUGCAGCGCGGACGCUACUAGAGUAGAUCCUAGUUAAUAUUUUGUUUUUAUUACGAAAAAAUUAAUUUAUAUUCUACAAGAA